AUGAGUGAGAAUUGUAAGGAUAAAUUCAAUGUUUUUUCAGGGAUGUUUUCCUUGAUCUUCAAAUUUUCAGAAGAAGAAUCUAGCCUAAGACUUCCUAAUCCGCCCCUAUGGCUGGACAAAACCUUUAGAAUCCCUAUAUAUUAUAAGAAAAAUCUCUACAUGAGUAAGUAAAAACAUUUUUUACAUAAAAUAUUCUUAUAAAAAGAUAUUUAUAUAUAAAUGAUAUUUAUUAUAAUGCAAUCUCUAGCUAAAUAUAUUAAAUUGCAGAUACUUUCAUUCUAAACAUAAAUUUUAUUACUUAAAUUAAAAUUGAUUUUUUUAUUUAAUUGGAUUUUCUUAAAAUUUAAUUUUUAACAUAAAAUAUAUAAUUUUUUUUUUACUCAAAAAGGGGAGUAAUAUAUUUUCUUGCGAAGAUAGCGAAGUUGAAGAAGAAGGUGAGUCUAAGGAAAUUACUGAAGAGGCUAAAAACAGGCGCCCAGCAAGAGGCGCACAAAAGAGAAUCACGGCUUGUCCCCAUGUGAAUAGACGCCACUAUGCCAAGAGUAUGUGUAGCAAUUGUUACCAUAAAAGCGGGCGACAAAAAAAAGCUUGGAGUUGCCCACACCAAGAUCGUCAACUCUACGCUAAAGGAAUGUGCCAGUUUUGCUAUUUGCAGAACUACCAUAAGUCUAGAUCUUGCAAAGUUGUCAUCAAAUCCGAAAGCUUAAGAAUUAAAGCCUAA